UGUUCAUUUAAGAAUGUUUUUCAAGUAGCGAAUAAAAAAUUUAAGAAGUCAGCCACAAUUUUAGGUGGCGCGGGCUACCACUCCUACGGCACCCAUAGGCCGGUGCGCUUAUUGCUCCACUCCUGUGUGUCAACAAGCCAGACAAAGGAGACAUCGGCCAGACAAGCCCGUGAGGAUAGCACGUGUUUGUCUUUCAGUGAACGGGUGCGUUUUCGUUCGUGCUUUUUUUUGCUUUCUCGAGGGCACGUGCGUGGAAAUGUCGACGCCGAUCCAGUGCUUGGUGUCGUUGAACGAUCCUAAGAAGAUCAUCUCCAUUUGCGGGCACACCAAGGAAGAUGUCCUCGCUGCCGUGAUGGCCACAGACUUCGGAGAUGUCGCGUCAAAUUGCAGAACGGAGGUCUACAAUGCACAAUUUGAUGCGUACGUCGACCCACCUGACGGGCAUGUGUUCUGUGAUGGCAACAAAAUUAGACUGAUCAGUAAUGAGGCCAUACCUCGUACUUGCAGCACAAAUGAAACACUUGUAGUAACGCCAGGGUUGGGCCCAUUAAGCAGUGACUACAGAUUGCCGCCGCUACCAUUUGACCUACAGGUUGCCAUCGGCAACACCGAAGAUGGGAAAGUUUCCAGCCGCACAAAAUCGAGGAUCAUCUCUUGA